GGAAUAAUUAAGAUGAUUCAUUCACCCAGGCAUAAAGUGAAGAACGAGAGAAAUUGGAGGCAAGAUUCUAUCAAUCCAAGGCCGUUUUCAAAGCAGAAGAGGGAUUUAAAUAUCAUGAGAGGAAUGACUGUAAACUUUGAAAAUGGCAAGCAGUUCAGGAAGUUCUUCAAGCAUGAUAAACACCGGAGGCAAGAGUCUCACAAGCUUCAGAAUGAAGGCAAGCUCGUAUCAUUUAGGUGACUUAACAGGAAAAAGAUGUCAUCAAUGAGUCCCAGAACAGAAUUUAUGAAUAAACGAGGACUAAAGCAAAUUCAAUCCCAAAAAGCGGCUAAGAGCUCCAAGAGGAAUUCUUACUGCAAAGCUCACGCUCUCUCUUUUGAUUCAAGCAAGAAGCACGCAAAUGAACUCUUAGAGGGCAAAAACAAGUCGUUGAUUCCUAGUUUAUGUAAAAGAUCUAUGAAGAACGUUUUGAUGAAGUUGUUACACAGGAAGAAAAAGAGCUGUAAGCUGGCCAACUUCCUAAAGUCCUUUAAUAAGGCCAGAUCUUGAUCUCCACCAGAUAAGAGGGCCCUCUGAGCCCGUCCAAGAAUGCUCUCCUGCAAGAAAAAGAGUAAAUUGAGCAAGAAGGAUAAAGUCCCAGAAGCUUUACACAAAGGUGCUACGAUGAAUGAAUCCGAAGAAAAUAAUCUCAAUUUUUUCGGAGAAGCAAGGCAUCACAAGAACAGGCAGUUUGAUAACCUAAUCCCUAAAGUUAUGAAGGCCAAGGUCAGAUGCUUCCAUUGUGAUUCCAGAGUUGCUUUGUGUCAGACGCUUCAAAGGAUCAGAUCUAACCGCAGACAAGACUAUCUGGACUUACCCAGGAAUUCUAAGAAGAAAGCUAGCAUCUUGAAAUAAGACUUCUUGAUUCCAAAACUUAAAACUAGGCCUCCAUCAAGCACCAGAGUUGAUGUAAUUUAUAGAAUAAAAAUGAAU